AGUCUCGUUAUUCAGUCAAUCAGUUGUGCUCUUUAUUCAAUUUACUCGAAAUGCCAUUCUCUCUUGCACAAGCCGCCUUCGCGACGCCGUUUCAAUCCAAAACCAGGACUACCACCCACUUGAUGACUCCAUUGCUAUCCAAGACUCUUUUCCCCACCACAACCCUGACCGGAUUACUGUAUCGGAAUAGUUCACAGUGUACCAAGUUCAAUCGCAAGAGUCUAACCCAUGCCUCUUUACUUGAGACUCCAGUUUUGUGGGCUGGUAGGAUUUGUGUGUUCUAUGCGCUCUUGAAGGCCGGUCUAGCUGGAUCCCAAGCAAACCCAUUCGUCUCAGAGUUACUGGGUGGUAGUGAAAGCGGUGAAUCUGAUGAUUAUGGGUUCUCUAAGUGGCUUAAGAGUAUUCAAGCGAAUCCAGAUAAGCAAGCAGCUGAUAAAAGGAAGCUAGUUAGCAAAUGGCAUCCGACAACAAAGGGUACUUUAAGAAGGAACUAUAGGGUGCCAUCAAAAUCUGAAGGACGACGCCUUCUCAAAGCUGUUGCAGCCUUACUCUCUGAUGACGAUCACUUCACAGAUGCCACUUCCCACAAGGGAUGUCAAAUUAGGAGGGAGAGUGCUCAUGGUGAAAGUGUGUGCUGCAACAAUGUGAGAGCUCUGUUUGACGAGCUUCCAACUCCACACCUGAUUGUAGAAAUCACCCCUUUUCCCGUUGGGCCUCUCUCGGACCCGGAUUACGUCAAAGCCGAGAAGCUGGAGAGGGUGCUCAGAUCUGGUCCUUCUGUUUGAUCAUCUUGUAAAUCUUCCAAUCUCUUUGUAUGCAUUUGAGAUGUCACCUGUACAUAUCAGAAAUCUAGAACAAGGAGUAGCAGCAAUUUCUAACUGGCUGUUUCUCUUUCUUAAAAGUACUUCAGCUGAGUCUUACCGUUGUUUCUUUUCA